AGUUUGAGUUGAAACUUCUUACUGUACACUCGUGAAUUUUUUUUAUUCUGCUUCGAGUUGAAAAUCAAAAGAAAAGAAAAAAUUGUUGUUGGAAAUUUCUUAAGAAAAAGAUAAAAAAAAAUUUGAAAAGAAAGAAGCAAAGUGGAUUAGCAUAUCAAUCACUCUUCUCUUAGUCUCAAAUUUCAAUUGGAAUACAAUUUUCAAAUAUUAAUUGAAUACAAAUGGUUGUGCUUGAAGGAGCAAACGCAACAAUGCCAAUGCUUACCAUAGGGAAUAAUCAAUAUUUACAACCGGAUUAUUUGUCACCGACACCAACAAUGUUGGAUUCAAAAAAGAGUCCAUUAGCACUUUUGGCACAAACAUGCUCCCAAAUUGGUGCUGACUCGAACAAUGUAAAGUCGAUUGUGACACCAGCAGAGAAAAAUAAAAAAUUGGAUACGAAUACGAAACAAUCGCAACCGACGGUAAACAACAUUCAAAAAUCGGAUAAAGUUAACGAGUUGGUGUUCAAGCCAUAUGAGGUGAAUGUGUUGAGUAGAAAGAAUGGCGAUGAUGUUCAUCGGCCAUUAUCGAAGACAAGUAGUGUUGAUGAGAAUAUGAGUGAUGAAAGUUGCAAGUCAAAUCCAAAAAAAGAUGUGAAUAAUUCACGAGUGUCGUCUCGUAACAGCAAUCGUGAAUCCCCUGUUAGUGUUAAUAGUAAUAACAAUAACAACAAUAAUGCUGAUAAUAAAAAUCAAAAUCAAACAAGCACAGAAAUAAAUGAAAGUGAGAAAAGUCAAAGUGAAAAUAAUAAUUCGCCAGGAUUAACACAGAAAGAAUCGCCGUCUGGUAUUGGAACGAGAACAAGUUUGGAAAUGUUACAAGGUCAGCAAAAGGAUUUAGGAUUUUAUAAACCAGGAUUUAAUCCAUUUUAUCCAACUGGCAUUGAUCCCACAAAUCCAGCAUUUCGUUCAUCAUCGUUCUCGAGUGCAUUGUCACAGCCCCACGCGUCAAUGUUGGCAGCAGCCGCUGCUGGAUAUCCUGCAAGUGCAAAUAAUCCCUAUCUAAGUUAUGCUCGUAUAAAGACACCAACUGGUGGAGAAGCAUUGGUUCCAGUCUGUAAAGAUCCAUACUGCACAGGUUGCCAAUAUUCAGCACACAAUCAACAGAUGCUUAUGGGAGUUCCAUGCCCACCAGGAUGUACACAAUGUGAACAACAAAAAUAUGGAUUAGCUAUGGCAAUGUCUUCUCUACCUCCGAAUCAUCCAUUUGCUCAAAUGUCGAAACCAUUUGCUUGCAAUUGGAUCAUGAACGAUGGUUAUUGUGGUCGAAGAUUUUCAACCACAGAUGAGUUGAUUCAACACAUGAAAACUCAUUCACCAAACUUAUCAGAUCCAGCAACUGCUGCGAGUAUUUUAGCAGCACAACAGUCAGCUUCAUUAAUGUCACCGUUGUUCUUCCCACCUGGAAUGCAUCGUGGUGCUGGUUAUCCAAGUGCAUCACCGUUAAGUCCAUUAUCAGCUUCGCGUUAUCAUCCUUAUGCAGGAAAGCCAGGAACUUUACCCACUUCUUAUGGAUCUACAUUUAAUCCACCGUUGUCAGCUUACUAUCCACCAUACUCAUGGAUGCCUCCACAACGACUUGGCACAGCAGCUCAUCCAUAACAAUAAAUACAACGAUAAUUUCGCGCACGCUAAUUUAUAUUACUGUGAUACUCAAAACAUGAUUAAAAUCAAGAGAUUAAGAAGUGAGAAGUAAUUGUGUGACAUUGUACUCUUAAGUACCUUUAAUUCAACUAUUCGAUGGAUAACAGUUAGAAAAAAAUGAAAUAAGAAAGCAAAGGAAACAAUUGUCAGAUAAAUUAAAAAAAGAUUUACUCGUUUAGGUGCAAAGAAAGAUGAAUAACUCCAAUAGUCGUCUGCGCAAGCCUCUCAUACUCAUGGAUUAAUUUUUCUUUUAAUUUUAUCUUCUUUUUUUGAAUAAUUACCUAUCAACUUACCGUCUAAGUGGAGAACAAAGAACAUAAAUGUGUAAAGAAAUUAAAAAUCAUUGAAGUCAGUAAAUGAGAAAAAAAGAAAAAAAAAUAAUUAAUGUUCUUUUAUGCUUUUUAACUUUUUAUUCUCUUCUUCAUUUUCUUUCUGUUUUUUUUUUGUUGCUUUCGUCGUAAAAACAUAAAUCAUCAUCCUUUAAAAGUUUAAUUUGAAAACGAAACAUGUUAUGAUUUAUUUCGAGGUAAUAAAUAAUCUUGAAGAUUUAAGUAC